AAAGGCUAAUUUGAAUUCAGUUCAGCAAAAUGACGAACUUUUUAUCCCUCUUUCCUAAACGGUUUCCGAUCAUUGGAAUGAUCCACGUUGGUGCCCUACCAGGAACUCCUCUUUAUCGUGGCCAAUUUGAACAAAUUAUCCAACGUGUGCGAAGAGAGGCAGAAAUAUAUCUCCAGGGCGGCGUAGAUGGUGUACUGAUAGAGAACAUGCACGAUAUACCCUACAUUCGUCCAAGGGAUGGUUUAGGACCCGAAAUAACCGCUGCCAUGACACGGGUGGCCCUGACGGUGCGAGAGCUUGUACCGAGCAUUCCGAUCGGUGUACAGAUAUUGGCAGGAUGCAAUCGCGAAGCAUUGGCGGUAGCAAAAGCCGCGGGGAUCCAGUUUAUCCGGGCCGAGGGUUUCGUCUUCAGCCACGUUGCUGACGAGGGUUUUACAGAUGCCUGCGCUGGAGGUCUUCUACGCUACCGCAAGCAAAUCGAUGCAGAGCAAGUCUACAUACUAACGGAUAUCAAGAAAAAACACAGCUCACAUGCCAUUACUGAAGAUGUUUCGAUUGAGGAAACUGCACAUGCAGCCGAGUUUUUCCUUUCGGAUGGUUUAAUUAUCACUGGCACUGCCACUGGCGCCAGUGCUGAUCUCGCCGAGUUAGAAUGCCUUCAGGGAAAGACCAAACUGCCGCUCAUUCUGGGAUCCGGUGUAACGGUGAACAAUCUACCGACGUACUGGAAGCUGGGGCAUGGCGCAAUUGUUGGAUCACAUUUCAAGGCAAACGGCCACUGGAGCGGGGAUCUUUGUGCUAAACGGAUCAGAGCAUUUAUGGACAGUAUUGAGACACUGCGAAAACAGAGCUCCUGA